AUGUCGGUGGUUUUGAUAGCCGAUGAUACACCAACUCACAGUCACAGCCUCAACCCCGCGGAAGAAAUCUCGCGAGCCGCUCCUAGUUGGGAUAGUCUCGAAAGAUGUAGCGCACAGACUAGCUGCAUUGGUAUGGACAGCACGGAAUCUCCUAUUGCGUUUGCAAACAGGCUUAGCAAUCCAGUUGCGACGAGCAACCCAAUCAUCAAUCGUAGGAUCGCAUACCGCCAUUUUCUUGGCGAAGAAUCAACGCGGCGGGCUUGUGGAAAUAAAGACCCAAAUUCGAUACGCGCCCCAAAAUGGACCACGCGAUUAGAAAGUCGCUGUCACUUCCAAUACACAUAUGAGCCUACUGUGGAGUAUCAAACAGCUGAAGUUAGAAGAUAUAGUACGAGCACAUCAGACAACUUCAAGGCCGAACCCAAGCCUCCCUUUCAGAACGUGACAGAAUCUGAAAUACCCACGCACCAUAGUGAAGCCAGAUCUCCAAACGGCUUCAGAUCACGAGCACGGAAGGUAUUAUCGUUCCUCCGAAAGUCUAGCACCUUGUAG